CAACUUGACGACAGCCUCAAUUUCCUACCAUCGCAUCCACUCUCAUCCUCUGACAUCUCAAGCACAUUAAAUUUCCCCUGACUUUGCAUGGUGAGCCCUCUCCGACAAGCUAUCCUCGUACCCUCCUCCCUAGUCGCUCUGGAGCAUUGCGCCUUACUCGGGACGCCUGCCUGCGCGCGCCUCUGCCCGCUGCCACAACCUCCGCGACGCUUGUUCAUGCUUUCAGACAGUAGUGUCAAUGCUUCGUAUCUCCCGACCGGCGCUCACCCUUCUUCACUUCAGUGUCUAUCCAGUAUUCUCAACUUUCCUGCAUCACUUCAGUCCUUUCCGCAUGCACUUCAUUCACAUGAAUCCUCGUUCAUCCCACAUUUGGCUGCUUCUGCUCGAUCAAGUACAUCUACAAUCCAUUGCUUCAUGAUAGCUGCGUGCGUGUUCCCUGCGUGACGCGCUCCCGUUUUCCAGCGCAAUGACGUGGAUCGCCUGAUUCUGGCUGGAUCGUACCGCCAGUGAAUGUGAGCGAAGACCAAGCGCAAGCAUGAUGGGUCUGAGUCAGUUGAUCACGUCCCCGUGGAUUCAGACAUGCAUUCGGUAUAGAUGAAGCAAUAAAU